GACUCCAUAGCAGCACGAGGAGGGCAUCUCUCCGGGCGCUCGAACCCCCGCUUGCAAGUCCCACAUGCAGCCCCCUCCCCAGGGCGCUCAGGGGGCCGCUUGACUUCAGAUAUUUUCGGCUCUGAGCUCUCGUCAUUUCCGCCAGUGUGAGAACGGUGGGGGCUGCGAGAGGAGAGUGAGAGAGAGACAGAGAAAGAGAAAGAAAACGCGCGGCAAGCGUGCAGCUCCGCGAGGGAACAGCUCUGGGAACAAACGCGGCGAGAGAGCGGGGCUCCCGGCGUCGCUGCUGCUGCUGCCACCGCCGCCGCUCCAUUAAGCCUUGGCGCCCUCAGUGCUCGGAGCAGCGCCGGACAACGUCCCCCAGCAUCCUGGAGUGGCAGCCGCCGCCUCUCGCCCGCAGGUCAGAGGGGGCGGCAGGCAGGAGGCGUCGGAGCGUGCGGGAGCAGCAGCCCUCUUCUCCCGCUCCCUGCUGAGGAGGCAACAUGAACUGAAAGCCCCCAGAGGCGCCGAUACGCACACGCGCUCGCUCGCGCGCCACACCGACCCGCUCUCACACAAGCGAGAGGAGACGAGCCGCGAGAGGAAGGCAAGGAUUUUUUCCCCCCAGGCAGCCUCGCUGCUGCUGCUGCUGCCUCCUUCGCUCUCCGGCGUUUUGCGCCUUAGCCGGCAAGAAGCUGAAAUACGACCCCCCCCCCAAAAAAAACCCCAACUCCACCGCGGCUCCUAGGCCAGCCGGACCCGCCACCCGCCUUUCUUUUCGCGGUUCCAGAGGAGGAGACACCACUUCUCGCAAAGUUUUCCCCAUGGCGCUCAUUAUGGAACCUGUCAGUAAAUGGACCCCGAGCCAAGUGGUGGACUGGAUGAAAGGUCUCGAUGAUUGCCUGCAGCAGUAUAUCAAGAACUUUGAGAGAGAAAAGAUUGGUGGAGAUCAGUUGCUACGUAUCACUCAUCAAGAACUGGAGGAUCUAGGGGUUACUCGAAUUGGUCAUCAAGAACUCAUCUUAGAAGCAGUUGACUUGCUGUGUGCAUUGAACUAUGGACUGGAAACUGAAAACCUAAAGACACUUUCUCACAAGCUAAAUGCAUCUGCCAAAAACCUUCAGAACUUUAUCGCGGGAAGAAGGAGAAGUGGUCACUAUGAUGGCAGAACCAGCAGAAAAUUACCAAAUGAUUUCCUUACCUCAGUGGUGGAUCUGAUUGGAGCAGCAAAAAGUCUCCUGGCUUGGCUAGACAGAUCACCUUUUGCUGCUGUGACAGAUUAUUCUGUAACAAGGAACAAUGUCAUACAGCUCUGUCUUGAAUUAACAACUAUUGUACAGCAGGAUUGCACAGUAUAUGAAACAGAGAACAAAAUUCUUCAUGUGUGUAAGACACUGUCUAGCGUCUGUGACCACAUAAUCUCACUCUCAUCUGAUCCUCUUGUGUCUCAAUCUGCUCACCUGGAAGUGAUCCAGCUGGCAAACAUCAAACCAAGUGAAGGGCUGGGUAUGUACAUUAAAUCAACAUAUGAUGGUCUUCAUGUAAUUACUGGAACAACAGAAAAUUCACCUGCAGAUCGGUGUAAGAAAAUCCAUGCUGGAGAUGAAGUGAUCCAAGUUAACCACCAAACUGUGGUGGGGUGGCAGUUGAAAAAUUUGGUGAAUGCACUACGAGAGGAUCCGAGUGGUGUUAUCUUAACUUUGAAAAAGCGACCUCAGAGCAUGCUUACCUCAGCACCAGCUUUACUGAAAAAUAUGAGAUGGAAGCCCCUUGCUCUGCAGCCUCUUGUACCUAGAAGUCCUACAAGCAGUGUGGCAACACCAUCCAGUACUAUAAGCACACCGACUAAGAGAGACAGUUCAGCCCUUCAGGACCUCUACAUACCUCCUCCUCCAGCAGAGCCUUAUAUUCCCAGGGAUGAAAAGGGGAAUCUUCCAUGUGAUGAUAUCGGAAGACACUUAGUGGGAAAACCAGUGCACAAGGGAUCUGAAUCUCCAAAUUCAUUUCUGGACCAAGAAUACCGAAAGCGUUUUAAUGUGGUUGAAGAAGAUGCUGUUUUAUACUGUUAUGAAUAUGAAAAAGGAAGAACAAGUAGCUCUGGAAGGAGAGAGAGCACUCCAACCUAUGGCAAGCUAAGACCUAUAUCUAUGCCAGUAGAAUAUAACUGGGUAGGGGAUUAUGAAGAUCCCACCAAGACAAAAAGAGAUAGCAGGAGAGAAAAUUCAUUACUUCGGUAUAUGAGCAAUGAAAAAAUAGCUCAAGAGGAUUACAUGUUUCAAAGAAACAGCAAAAAGGACACAGGCAAAAAAUCUAAAAAGAGGGGAGAUAAAAGCAACAGCCCUAGUCAUUAUUCUCUGCUACCUAGUUUACAAAUGGAUUCAUUAAGGCAAGACAGCAUGAGCACACCUGGGCCUGAAACAUCUUUAUAUCACACAUUUCAACAAUCCUCUCUACAGCAUAAAUCUAAAAAGAAGAACAAAGGUCUCGCACCAAGUAAGAGUAAAAGGCGAAUUUCUUGUAAAGAUCUUGGUCGUGGAGACUGUGAAGGCUGGCUUUGGAAAAAGAAAGAUGCCAAGAGUUAUUUCUCACAAAAAUGGAAGAAAUACUGGUUUGUCCUGAAGGAUACGUCUCUCUACUGGUAUAUCAAUGAGGAGGAUGAAAAAGCAGAGGGAUUCAUCAGUCUGCCAGAAUUUAAAAUUGAUAGAGCUAGUGAAUGUCGCAAGAAGUAUGCAUUCAAAGCUUGCCAUCCUAAGAUCAAAAGCUUUUACUUUGCUGCUGAGCAUCUAGAUGACAUGAGCAGGUGGUUAAACAGAAUUAAUAUGCUUGCUGCUGGUUAUGCAGAAAGAGAGAGGAUCAAACAAGAGCAAGAUUACUGGAGUGAAAGUGAUAAGGAAGAAGUAGACACGCCAUCAACACCCAAACAAGACAGCCCACCUCCACCAUACGACACAUACCCACGACCUCCUUCGAUGAGCUGCGCAAGCCCUUUUGUGGAACCAAAGCAUAGCCGACUCUCUUCCACUGAAACUUCCCAGUCACAAUCUUCACAUGAGGAAUUCCGCCAGGAACCAGUUGGGAGUACUACUGAAUCUCCCAUCCGCAAAACAGCCAGCCAGCGACGUUCUUGGCAGGAUUUAAUAGAGACUCCACUGACAAGCUCAGGGUUGCACUACCUUCAGACUCUACCACUUGAGGACUCUGUUUUCUCUGACUCAGCUGUUAUCUCUCCAGAACACAGGCGGCAGUCAACUCUUCCUACACAAAAGUGCCACCUGCAGGAUCACUAUGGCCCUUUCCCUUUAGUGGAGGGUGAGAAAAUGCAAGCCCUAAAUGGGAAUGGGGGCAAGCCCCGCAGUUAUACUCUGCCCCGGGAUAGUGGGUUCAACCAUUGCUGCCACACACUCUCUGUCAGUACCUCCAGCCAUCAGGAAGAAUUGCCACAGAAAGAGCAAGAAGAAGAAGAAGAAGAAGAGGGAAGGCAAAUGGCACCAGAAAACCAAGAAGAUGAAACUGAAACUAUAGAAGAAAAGCCUGCAGAUUCCCUGCAAGAUUUGUAUCGGUCCUUGGAACUAGCUAGCUUGUCACCUUUAGGAGACCAGCAAAUUUCUACAAAGAUGGAGUACAAGAGGUUUUUUAUUAAAAGAUGCAGUGAUCCGGUAGUCAAUGAAAAAUUGCACCAGUUGCGAAUUCUGAAAAGCACUUUAAAGGCCAGAGAAGAAGAAGUAGCCAUCAUAGAUAAAAUUCUGGAUAAUCCAGAUUUGACAUCUAAAGACUUUCAAGACUGGAAACAAAUGUACCUUGACCUGUUUCUGGAUAGUUCUCAGAACAACCCUUCAGAGGACCUUGUAAAUGACUCUGAUGAAGUUGAUGCUCUUCUAGACUCUUUAGCGCACACACAUUCCUAUAUUGAAACACAUGUAUAAGAGAAAAUGAUUUUGCCUCUUUGUGGCACUUCAGACCUUUAUCAAGUACACUGAGUAGCUUUUAUAUCAGGAGAUCUAUUUUAUUGUUUAUGAUAUGAGUAAAGUAAAAAUUCCAUUGUCAUUGUGCGAAUAAAUACUUAGAUACUUUUUACGCUGCUGAUGCUCAGUUUAUGAUUUUGUUUAUGUUUACAAACACUGGCUACGAUCCAAAGAAGGAAUAUGCACUCGGACAGAAUCCGGCACAUUUUGUUUGAUAUUUUAACUACUUUUAAACCGAAGAGAAACACAUGUUACUUUCCUUGGAUCGUGGCCAUUGUCUUUAAGGAUUAAAAUAUAUAUAUUUUAAUGAGUAUAUAUUUUGGAGGAUUACAUUGAUUUAUCAAGUGAAAAGAUGGCACAAGAACAGUGUUUUAUUACUGAUUGUCAAAAAUGUUUCCUAUUUUAAUAGUAUCUUAACUGUUGUAAUGAGCUACACUUUCAAAAUACAGCUUUUGUUUUAGCCAGUGUAGGAAUUAAAACUUUUAUAUUUGGUGGAAUAUUUUAGGUAUUUUUAAAAAAUGAAAAAAGUAUAAUGCUGUGAUUAGGAUUGUGUUUUAAAAAAACAGUCAGGGAAUAAGAGGGGUAAACUGGACUUUCAUAAGCCUAGAUUCUAUAUUAAACAGUCAAAGUUUCGUUUUUCCAGUCUUUUGAGGUAUGGUUAACAGACAAUCUAUAGCACAGAUUUCAUUUGAGGCUAAAGGGCUCUCUUUGUUUCAGUUAUGGCAGAGACCUGACUGGAUAUUAUUACUGCCCUUUGUUGGUAUCUUCUGACUCUUUUUCAGAAAAAAAAAAUUGUACUGUUAGCCAAAAGUUUCCAUCCAGUGAUUUUUUUUUUGUUUAAGUCAAACUUUAAAAAGUUUCAAAUAUGCCAGGUUGCAUAGGUGGGUGUGCAUAGGUGGGUGGGUCAAAUCUCUUUUCUAAUCUGCUAGAGAAAACUAUCAGUAUAGCCCACAGUUGAGCACAUUAUCAAAAUACAUAAAUUUCCAUACACAAUUAAUGUGGUUUUCAGUUUCCGUAAUAGGCUGCUUUCCCACAGAACACAAAAACAUGCCAUAGUGCUCCGUGAAAAGGCCACAUGACCUUGAGCAAAGAAUUGGGAUCAUACCUGCCUCCAUCACUUCUCCUUCUCCUGUAAGCCAGAGGCGGACUUCUGACAAGUUUACUUCCACUUUUAAAGAAUCUUGGCUUAUAGUUAUGUUCAAACCAUAUAUCCUGAUUUAAAACAAACUCUGGCCAGUUUCCUAAUAGGCCAGCUUCAAACAAUGCAUUAUGAAGCCAGAGUUUGUUUUAAACUAGGAUCCCUGGUUUCAACAUAACUAUAAGCCUAGAUUCUUUAAAAA